AUGCAGCUCUCUUACUCUAGAGUCAUAAAAAGGUGUCAAUCAUCUUUUGUUCCUAGGAUGGUAUUUCCCGAUUUCAAUAUUCCAACAACGGACUUCAAAGGCCAUCAAAUGAAGGCUAUUCAAAGGUCCCAAAAUCUUUUACCUCAGCUUAAUUUAUUAGUGGAACUAAGGGACAGCAGAGCUCCUAUCGCAACACGAAACCUCAUUUUUGAUUAUUUGUCAAUGGAAAAGAAGGUAGAAAGGCUAGUAGUUUAUACGAAAACUGACCAGUAUGAUCCUGUUAUCAAGGACUCUUUAGAUAAAUGGCACAAGGAGGUUGGUGAAGAUUACAUUAUGAUCGAUGCCCGAAGUAAGAAGGGCAGUGAAGACUUACUUCAUAUAUUGAAGUGGAAAUAUGAUCAAUUUAUAAUAAAGGAAGACCCCGCUAAAAAGGCUGUGGGGUUGCCAUUAGGGUAUAGAAUUCUAAUAGGUGGUAUGCCAAAUGUCGGAAAAUCGACCUUAGUCAAUAGUCUGCGGUUUACAGGGUAUAAUAAGCUAACUUCUCUAGAUGGGAGCAAGCCUAAAAAGGUUGCAAAAACUGGUGGACAAGCUGGUGUCACAAGAAGCACCAGUGAAUGCAUUCGUAUUAGCGAUCAUAAAGGGGGGAUAUUCCUCUAUGAUACACCAGGUAUAUCUCUUCCCGGGAAGGCAAUGAGUAAGCAAAGAAUGCUUUCUUUGAGUUUGUGUGGCUGCGUAAAAAGUAAUCUCGUCGACCCCGUUAUACAAGCUGAUUAUUUGUUGUAUCUUUUGAAUUUACAAGGAAAAUUCCAAAUGUACUCUCGUUAUACUAAUCGACCAACAAACAAUAUCGACGUGUUAUUAAAUGGAAUACGAAGGAAGGUGGGGAUGACAAAUGAAAAUGCGGCUGCUAUAUACUGGACGGAUGCAUGGAGACAGGGAAGAAUCCUUAAAUCAGGUUUUAAGUCUGGCUCUAAGAAAACCAAUGGCUCUCUUUCGGCUCUUUUCGAAUUAGAGCCCCUUCUAGACACCUUCCAAUACAAAAAAACGAUGGAAGAAGAAUUAGAAAUACUGAAAGGCUGGGACAUACUCUCUCGACCAAAUUUUAACAAAAAGGAAAAGCAUCUAUCCAAGGCCAACAAGCUAUUUUAG